AUAAUUUUAUUUUAGUUUGCGAAACUCUAUGAAGCUAAUGUCAAUGCCCAAUACUAAUUUUAUUGUGCUAAGUGGAUUGUGAAAUGUUAAUCGUGAAACGUAUUUAAUAGUUGUGUCGUUGUGUGUUUUGUACCAUAAUUAAUUGUAGUUGGUUUCGAAUAAUAUUUUACAUGUUAAAGAGAUAAACAGAACUGUGUGCAAAAAUGUCUGCAGCAUCUGCCGCGAAGUCGGAUUCGUUCGACGAAUUUUACACGGAGGUCAAAGAGAUUGAAAAACGUGACUCUGUGUUAACCCCUAAACAACAACUUGAUAGAUUGUUACGGCCAGGGUCCACGUAUUUUAAUCUUAAUCCGUUCGAGGUACUACAAGUAGAACCCGAUGCCUCACUUGAUGAGAUCAAGAAAAAAUACCGAAGGUUAUCCAUAUUGGUACAUCCAGACAAAAAUAUGGACGAUUCUGAACGAGCUCAACAGGCUUUUGAGAUAGUAAACAGGGCUUGGAAGACGCUUGAGAAUGAUGAUACUAGGAAAAAAUGCUUGGAUAUUUGUGAAGAAGCUAAAGAACGGACUGAUCAUAUGAUUGAACAGAAAAGGAAAAAGAUGAAAAAGGAUAAUAAGUUAUCAGAAGGUAUUCCUGAAGAUGAUCCUGUAAAAUAUAAACAUGCAAUUUAUGUUAUGACCAUGAAGUUAUUUGCUGACAUGGAACGAAAGCGCCAACAUCUCGAAGUCCGUGAUAUGGAGGAAAGGAAACGGAAACGAGAAGCUGAGAUUGAGCAAGAAGAACAGAAGUCCUUAGAAAAAGAAUGGGCGAAGAAUUUUGAGGAAUCUCGACAAAACCGAGUAGACAGCUGGAAGACAUUCCAAUCUGGCGGCGGCAAGGAGAAAAAGAAGAAGAAAAUCCAAGGGUUUAAGCCUCCCAAACCUAAACCAGAGAGUAGAUAACUCUCAUUUAUCAUUUAACACUAAUAUAGUUCCAUUUAGCGCUUUAUUUCGAAUCUACGACUAUGAUAGUUGACUAGAUUUUAAACAACUAUUUACAAUAUCAAUAUUCUAAAGCAUUUCGAUGAUUAUAAUAAUCAGUCAGCUAGAUGUCUUGAGACUUGUCAGUACGUCAGUUUAGUUCAAAUUCGAAUAAUAUUGAGAACUCGGCUGUGACAAAUAUGAAGCAAUGAAAUAGCGUAUCUACUAACUAGUAGUCUUAUAUUUUUGUCAAUAAAUGUAUUUGUUUCCAGUUUUGGUACUCAAUAACUCUUAGGAAACGUAGAUGGGCUAGUUAUUGACAAAUAGAAGGAUUAAAUAACAAUGUUUGUAAAAGACGGUCUUCUAGAUUUCAAACUAAAGUUCUUGACUAUUCUGAUGUAAAAUAUAUUGUAUGUAUUGUAUCUAAAUCAAUUUUGUGAUUGUUUUAGUGUCUAAAAUAGUUCUUACGCAUAUUCAGUGUUUAAGACCUUCGAUCUUCCUCUUGGUAAACGUCCAUUGUGAUUAUUAUCUUUUUUAAUUAAAAUUUAAUAAAGCUAUAGAAAGGUAUUUGAACAAUGAAUUGUGCAAGAUCUGUUCACUCACCGUUGAUCAUUUUUGUAUAGUAUAAGAGAAUGUUGUGACAGUCACAAAUGCUCAAAAUAGAUGGCGCUGAUGAAGUUGGAGGUCAUAUAAAUAUUGAACUGCUAUUUCCUAGCUGGGUUAUGUUGUGCCUUUCAUCCAUAUUUUGUCCAGUGUACAUAUUCUAUGGAUGUUCUCAAAUGACUUCCAAUUAAUCUAGCGUCAUUUAUCAGUGGAUAUAAGCAGACAUGUCAUUGUGAAAUAGUUUACUUUGUGCCACGCUAUUUGUGUAGUAUAGCAGUCUAGCGGUAAAUAUAUGGCAGCCAACUAGCCUAAUUAGCCAUUCAAUUAACGGCCUAUUCCGUUUAAUAUAUAAAUGAUAUCGUCGUACAAUUCUGGUAGCUGUUUAUUUCUGAUUCUGUGUAGGUCGCAGUUGUAACCUAACCUACCGGUUUGGUAGCAACUCGGGUUUUAAUCACCUUUAAACUAAUGGCCUGAACGAGAAAUUAAGCCCUUCAAUCAAAUGACUUAUCAUACAGGCCGUUAGUUAAAUGGCUAUUUAAGCUAGUUGGCUGCGACAAGUAAACUUCCAAUGAAAACUAUCGUUUUUGUAACCACCAAAGGCGCUAUUGUAGGUUAAAAUCCUUAAGUAUGACUUUGCUUUACGUUUAAAGUAAUCGAAACGAGAGCGCGUAUGGCGUUCUGAUUGGCCGGCUCGAAUAAACCAACCAAUCAGAGCGCCGAACGCGUUCAAUCACUAAAAAAUGUUAACGUCCAAUGGUACGACACUAGCAUAUUUUCUGAUAUGGAACUUACCUUACGAUUAAUCGCCUCUAGUUGCUAAUUCAUACACGAUAGUCUUGGUUUGAUGAUCACGAUGCUGGAAGCAGGUAAUAUCUUAGGUCUCAAGUCUUUUGCAGGACCCACAGUUGGUUUUAAAGCUUUGCCUUUUGAGCAUAGGCUUGAGUAUUGAAAUGAAUUGAUACCGCAAAUAUCUUACAGAUUUUAAAAAGGAAGUUAUUAUUGUAUACUUGUUGGACAGUAUAAGCAAUGAAAUGCAUACACAAUGCAAUUACAAAACGCGUUAUCCACAGAUUUAUGUGGCAGCGUCGAACGCAUUGUAACACUAGUAGUAAUUAUGAAUUCUUCUAUCUCUAUAGAAAUAAAGGAAGAAAUUGAAACUUG